GGCGUCCUGCUUCGGGUCCCCAGCGCGCAUGCGUCAGGUCUGGCGUUGAAGUGUCCAAUAUGUCGCUGGAAGAUCCGUUCUUCGUAGUCAAGGGGGAGGUCCAGAAGGCCUUGUCUCGUGCCAGGAGCCUUUACGAACGCUGGGAGGAGCUUCUGGAGGAGGGCACUCAGGUGAGCAAAGAUGAGCUGGACUGGAGCACCAAUGAACUGAGGAACUGUCUCAGAGCCAUAGAUUGGGACCUGGAGGACCUGAGUGAAACCAUCAGUAUCGUUGAGUCCAACCCGGGGAAGUUCCGUCUGGGGGAGAAUGAGCUGCAGGAGAGGAGAGACUUUGUGGAGCGAACACGGCAGGCCGUACAGGAGAUGAAGGAUCAACUCUCCAGUCCCUCUGUUGUGGCCCAGGCAGAGAAGAAGAACAGACAGGCUCUGAUAGGUGCAUCUGGGCAGGACAGGUCUGAUGGUCUGGAGUCUCACCUGGUGUCAACCAACUCCAGAUACAUCCAGGAUCAACAGGAACAGCAGCAGUUGAUCAUGCAGGACCAGGAUGAGCAGUUGGAGCUGGUGACAGGAAGCAUCAGAGUACUGAAAGACAUGUCAGGACGCAUCGGAGAUGAACUAGACCAGCAGGCUGUUAAACUUCCCAUGCUGAGACGCUCUGUGUUUAAAGGGUUCAUAUGCUUUAGGAGACUACUAGAGGACUACUACCACCACUUCUACUCCCUCAAGAAGAUGGAGAAAGUCUCCCACAUGACAAGCAGUAGGAGACAGUGGUGUGCCAUCGGAGUACUGGUGGUCAUCAUGGUUGUUGUUCUCAUCCUCUUCUUCACCCUUUGAGUAUGGACCUCUCUUCACUACACGACUCUACCACACUCACCCACUCCUUCCUGGGGAUGAACCAUGAAAUGGAUGGAGGCAUUGAUAUAGGAAACGGAAUCCAAUCCAACCCUUGUCUUUCCUUUGUCAUAGAAUUCAGUCUCUGAAUAAUCUAUCUUUCUAGUACUCAUCACUUUGUCUCUGUCUAUCCCCGUUUCUGUCCUAUUUCCCACCUCUCUCACCACCCAUAUCAGAGGAGUGAACAGCAGUGAGAUGACGGUUACAUUAUAUAUUCAGGCAAAGCUAAGAUGUCUCUUGUGUGUGUGAAUGAUGGUACAGACUUGGGAUGAGGGAGAUGUCAAUGUUGCCUUAUCUAUUUUUAUACGUCUAUGAGAUGAUCUAUGGGCUUCAUCCCAAAUAAAACCCUAUUCCCUACAUAGUGCACUACUUAGGAUUGGUGAAAUCACCUAGAUCCUAGAUCUGUUGUUAGGUCAACUUCUACCUUGUUCCAAAUCAUCUGGCCCGUUGGAAUCGCUUUAUCAUAGGAGGUAGAAGUUACCCCGAGACAUGUUUUAUGUAGGUUCCCCUUCUGGAUAAAGGAUUUGAGGCUAGUGAUCUGAUCCCAGAUCUGUGGAGAUGGGAACGGUCAAGCCUGUGGUGAUAGCUUUACCACAGUAACAGUUGGAGUUCUGGGUUGCUGGGCAGGAAAUUAGCAGCACAAGUUAAUUUGAAGCUCUUUCGCCCCCUAGUGGACAUUUAUGGCCAUGUCCACAUGUCAUUAUGUGAGAUACCACUGACUGAUGUGAUGGCACGCUUUCAGAAUUUUUGGGGGAGUGCUGAUAUAGGAUCAGUUUUGCGUCCUACUCUGAGAUGCUUGAUGAAUAUGACCCUGAGGUGCAUUUUAUACUAUUGUGUAAAUAAAUCUAAAUGUAAUGCUUGACAUUGUGGGAUGUGGACUUAUUUUGCCUUUCUCAAGACACAUCUCUCUAUGGGAGAGUUUCCUGCCUGGUGUCUUUUGGUUGGCACUGCCACCUUGGUCCCAAUGGUACCCGUUUGUGUGGGAUGGUUGGUUUCUUCUGUUCAUUUGCCAUUGGUUGUGUAUUUAGGGCCCCUGAGUGGCGCAGUGGUCGAAGGCACUGUAUUGCAGUGCUCGAUGUGUCACUACAGACCCUGGUUCGAUUUCAGGCUGUAUCGUAACCGGCCGUGAUUGCGAGUCCCAUAGGGCGGCACACAAUUGGCCCAGCGUCAUCGUAAAUAAGAAUUUGUUAACUGACUCACAUUGUACUGAUUGAAUCACUAAGGAAUUUUUCCAUUCUCUGUUUGUGAUCAGUUUGAAAGGUUGUAGCUCUGUUCUACCGAAAACUGUCUGUACUGGUUUCCAUCUAUCACAUUCUCCAAUGAUUUAGGUUUAUUAGGAACUCUCUCAGGGUGCAUUGACUGGUGCAAUAGGCCCUGUUCUAAUACCUCCUUCCUUCACCUAUUCCUCAAGGAAAUCACCACUGAUCUAACACGAUCUGGUUGGUCAGAGGACGCAGUGGAAAGUAGCCUUAAGUCCACCUAUUCAACUUUGUCAGAUCAGUGAUUGUGCACAAACAAGGUUGCAUUAGAAGGGUUUGAACAGGGCCUAAUUCUUCCAAGUCAAAAAGGAAAAGGUUAGCUAGCAUUUAUCCACUUCAAUGAUCAGUGUUUCUCCAGCUAUGGAAAUGACUAACCAUUCAAGGGUUAUUGCUAGAUGCCUUGUGGGAAGAAUGUAUUGUGUAAAUAGUAUACAAAAUGGCCGCCUUCCUGCUUUUGUUUGCUUGCAUGGUGUUGAAGGGGAGUUUAGAACUGUUUUUUGUUGCCAUGUGAGUGCAGUUAACAUUGGUGAAAGGUUGGUUUCAUUGAAUUAGUGACCUCACUCAUCUAUUUCAAGUUCUACUGUUGCUAUUCAGUGUAAUGUUUUCCAAAGUCUCAAUUCUAUUUGCCUCUUAACCCAAACAUGUGCUGGAGUUGUGGGUCACCCUGUCUAUGAAUGAACAUAGGAGUCAUUUCAAAUGCUUUGCCUGAAACGGCAACACUCCUUUUUUGUACGAUAAAUGUUUUGCCGUCAUUGUAGUUUCUUGAUGAAAAUGAACUCUUGUUCUUAAUAAAUCAUAUGCUUUUAAA